AUGUCCAGAUCCGGUUCUCAAGGCAAGUGGGUGGCUUCCUUCGUGAAGGAGAAGGACAUCAAGGAGCUCCGGGAGGCGGGGUACCUGAGUGCGGACGUUGCGCACAGGAUCCCUGCCAAGAAGCAGGCUUCGCUGUUAGCGGCGACCGCCCAGGCCACCGAAGUAUCCGAACUCAAGCGGAAGCUGGAGCUGGCCGAUGAGGAUCUCAUCCGCAUCAACAUGCGGUUUGAUGAGGCGCAAGGUAGUGCGGCCGAGGUCGAGACCCUGAAGGGUGACCUCGCCCGAGCCAAGGAGCAGGCACGGGUGAGCCAAGCGGCCGCUGACAAAGCAGCCGCGGAUUUAAAGGCCGAGCAGGUUGCCUGCCGCCGAUACGAGGAGCGGGUGACCGAAGUGGAGCAAGAGCUCAAGGACGCUACCGACAAGUGCGAGGCCUUGGAAGAGAAGAAUAAGGCUCAAGCGGCCGAUCUUACCAAGGCUCUCCAGGGGGCCAAGGAGGCGCGGACCGAGUCCCGGGCGGCUCGCGAGGAGAUCAAGCAGGCCGAACAGAUAGCGGCUAAUGCCUUUGCGGAUCUUCCGAAGAGCGCUGCCGAUGCCUCACAGUAUUUUCGGGCCCAAGAGGGGAACACGACGGCGAAGCUCUUCUGGUCACAGUACCUGGCGCUAGAGCGUCCAGCACUGUUGAACGACCAGAUGAUGCAGCUGGCGGAGCUACAUAGGAUGUCCGGUUUGGCCAUGAAGUACGUCAUAGUCCGGCUCUGGCCAACCGAACCCAUUCCUAGCAGUUACUUCGGCCUGGUGAAGCGACUCACUAACGCGCUGCCCCGAAUUGAAGCUGUCAAGCGCUCGGCGUGCAUCGAAGGUGCACGGAUGGUCUUCGCCCGUGUCAAGAUGCAAUGGGCGAAGAUAAAGGCCACCGUCGCAGCCGAAGGCCCGCCCGAAGGCAAGGACCACCGCAAGCCGGAGCAGUAUUUUGAUGACGUCUUGGAGGGUGCCCGGAUAGUAGAGGGCCAAUGCUCGAAGGAUAUCGUGUUUGAGUAA